ACCCCCAGCCAAUCUAGGAGGAGAUGAAAUGAACUUUGCACUUGCAAAUGUCACUGAAUGCAUUUUGCACAGGAUUUUAAAAGGUUCUCUUACAAGCACUAUUUUUAACAGCCAAAUCCGCCCCCCCAAAUGAAAAAACCCUAGGUAUUUUUCUGUGAUCGACCUCAGUUGUUAUCAAUUGAAGCAUCUCUCACAACAUUUACCUGAAGUCUGGCAUGUUUUAUUUUUUUAUUGUUCAAGCUGAGCUUUUUUUGGUGGUGGUGUGGAUAUUUUCUUUUUUUUUCUGAUUUUUUUUUUUUAAACUGGAAUGAGGAAAUUUAUGAAUUUAAUUGCACUAGAAUACUUGGAAACAGUGAGGCUGCAAGCUUGAAAGGCAGAGGGAAGAAAAGAAAGGCUCUUGCAGCAGAGCAUGGAUAGGAAAGGAGCGGUGAUUCUGCGGUGCUCAGCGUGCACAUGUUGUGUGAGAUCAGUGCCGGGCGCUGCAGCUGCGGACAAUAACUGAGCUGUCUGGCUAAUGAAGGCCACCUGGAUCAGGCUUCUGAAAAGAGCCAAAGGAGGACGUCUGAAGAAUUCUGAUAUCUGUGGCUCGGCGGACUCCUACACCAGCCGUCCAUCUGACUCCGAUGUAUCUCUGGAAGAAGACAGGGAAGCAGUGCGGAGAGAGGCAGAGCGACAGGCCCAGGCACAGUUGGAAAAAGCAAAGACAAAACCUGUUGCAUUUGCAGUUCGGACAAAUGUUGGUUAUAGUGCAGCUCAUGAUGAUGAUGUUCCAGUCCCAGGCAUGGCCAUCUCAUUUGAAGCUAAAGAUUUUCUUCACGUUAAAGAAAAAUUUAACAAUGACUGGUGGAUAGGACGGUUGGUAAAAGAAGGCUGUGAAAUAGGAUUCAUACCAAGCCCAGUCAAACUAGAAAACAUGAGGCUGCAGCAUGAACAGAAGGCAAAGCAAGGGAAAUUCUACUCCAGUAAAUCAGGAGGAAACUCUUCAUCCAGUCUGGGUGACAUAGUUCCUAGCUCCAGAAAAUCGACGCCUCCAUCAUCUGCUAUAGACAUAGAUGCCACUGGCUUAGAUGCAGAAGAAAAUGAUAUUCCAGCAAACCAUCGCUCCCCCAAACCCAGUGCAAACAGUGUAACAUCACCCCACUCCAAAGAGAAAAGAAUGCCCUUCUUUAAGAAGACAGAGCACAUCCCUCCCUAUGAUGUAGUGCCUUCUAUGCGACCUGUAGUUUUAGUGGGACCUUCUUUGAAGGGAUAUGAGGUAACAGAUAUGAUGCAAAAAGCAUUAUUUGAUUUUUUAAAACAUAGAUUUGAAGGGCGUAUAUCAAUUACACGAGUCACAGCAGACAUCUCGCUUGCCAAACGCUCAGUAUUAAACAACCCCAGUAAGCAUGCGAUAAUAGAGCGAUCCAACACAAGAUCAAGCUUAGCUGAAGUUCAGAGUGAAAUUGAACGGAUUUUUGAAUUAGCAAGGACACUGCAGUUGGUAGUGCUUGAUGCUGACACCAUAAAUCACCCAGCACAGCUGAGCAAAACCUCUCUGGCACCCAUUAUAGUAUACGUAAAGAUUUCUUCUCCUAAGGUUUUACAGAGGUUAAUAAAAUCUCGAGGGAAAUCUCAGGCCAAACAUCUUAAUGUUCAGAUGGUGGCAGCUGAUAAACUGGCACAGUGUCCUCCUGAAAUGUUCGAUGUAAUUCUUGAUGAGAACCAGCUGGAAGAUGCUUGUGAGCACCUUGCUGACUAUCUGGAAGCCUACUGGAAGGCCACACAUCCACCUAGCAGCAAUCCUCCUAACCAGCUUCUUACUCGGACACUUGCAACAGCCACUCUUCCUAUAAGCCCAGGUCCAAAUAUUAACUUACAGCAGGGAUCUCAAGGAGACCAGAGGAAUGACCACUCAGUCCCUGAACACAGCAAUUCACAAAUUGAAGAGGAAGCACGGGUUGAACCCAUCAAGAAAUCCCACCAUCGCUCUUCAACCCAACACCAUAACCAUCGCAGUGGUGUUAGAGGCCUUCCUAGGCAAGAAACUUUUGACUCAGAAACACAAGACAGCAGAGAUUCAGCUUACGUAGAGCCAAAGGAGGACUACUCACAUGAGCAUGGUGACCACUAUGAUUCUCACAGGGAUCACAAUCAUAGAGACGAGUCCCAUGGUGAUCACAGACAUAGAGAAUCGAGGCAUCGCUCAAAGGAGAGGGACCGGGAGCAGGACCACAAUGAAUGCAACAAACAACGAAGUCGUCAUAAAUCGAGGGACCAAUAUUGUGACAAGGAUGGGGAAGUGAUAUCUAAAAAACGUAACGACACGGGAGAAUGGAACAGGGAUGUUUACAUCCGUCAGUAACUUUUGCCUCUGGCACUCUUGUGUUUCUUGGAAGUCUUGUAACAAUGCCCCUUGAAAAUAUCUUUGGGUUGUUCACUGCAGAACAUAUGGUAUCCUUCUGUAUGCUGAUUUGUAUUGCUGUUGCUUACAUAGCAAUAGCAUGAAAUAGAAUAUUCAUAUACUUAUUUUUUUUUGUUAGUGCUAUAUGAAUUAGCGUGGUACAGCUGCAGAGUUCCUGAUAUUGUACCAUGCCAUUUUUCAAGCUUUUUUUUGGUAGCUGCCACUUGAACAAUAUCUGUUGCCAUCAAGGUGUUGUUAGUGUUUGUUUGUUUUUUUUUUUCAAAGGUACAUUUGA